AUGUCGACGCCUCAUCAAGCCACCAACGUGGCUGCACCGCGGUUCAGUUCUGCUCAGCAACCAUUGCGUAGUCACCAGCAUCCAUCAUUCACCUCAAGCACCAACAUGUCGCAACAAACGCUCUGCCGUGUUUCUGUUCCCGAAGGAAAAUACGAGUUUCUUUGCAUCAUUCCAGACAAGCCUGGAACUCGCGAGAAACGCAUCGAGGUGCGAUCCCAGCACUUCGCCAACGCCAUGCCUUUGAUGGAGAGUGGAGUCUGGAAAACAGGCGGUGCCCUUUUGAACAGUGUUCCUAAGAGCGACAACUCGGAUGAUAUGUCUUUCGUUGGCAGUCAUGUCGUUGUUGUUGGUGAGUCCAUUGAACAGGUGCGAGAGGACCUGAAGAAAGACGUCUAUGCGACGUCUGGUGUUUGGGACGUAGAAAACGCUCAAAUUUACGCAUUCCGCGCUGCGUGGAGAAACCCCUGA